AUGAAUAGGGGAGGAGGAAGGAGAUUCCCAGUAUGGCGUUUCCAGCCUGAUGAGCGUCUUCGUCGAGCAUAUCUCGACGACACAGAUUUGUUCGAGCUAGUCACCGAUCCCAAUGAGAAGUACGCGCGAUAUAUGGAGGAGUACCGCCCCUUCAUGGCAGAGGGCUUUGCUCGAGCCCAGACCGAGCAGGAACGGCGAUUAAUUCGCAUUGAAAUCUGUCGACGUGUGUUCGCCAAAAUUAUUAUGGAAGUGCUGGCGAGUCGCCAGAUCCCAAUCCCACCGACUCCGGAAAAUCAACGUGGCCCAGGUUAA